CAGAAGGGGAAGUGGAUGAUCUGUCUCUGGGAUUCUCAAAAUAGCUGGGAUUUCUCCAAGCCCCGUGAGCCCUGCGGGCCUGAGCCGGCCGAGGCUUGGGCCGCCCUCGGCCUCUCUCGCCCUCCUCCCGAGGCCCGCCCCGCCCUGCACUGGGCCAGGCGGGAGGUGCCUCCCUGCCUGCCUCCGAGGGUCUUCCUGCCCCCAGUGCUGUCCAGGCACUGUGUCCACUCAAAAGCCUCAGUUUUGGGGGACCCAGCCCCCAGGGGUCGCCCCCAGGAGGUGGAGAUUCUGGACGCGAAGACGCGAGAGAAGCUGUGCUUCCUGGACAAGGUGGAGCCCCAUGCCACCAUUGCCGAGAUCAAGAACCUCUUCACCAAGACCCAUCCACAGUGGUACCCUGCCCGCCAGUCCCUCCGCCUGGACCCCAAGGGCAAGUCCCUGAAGGAUGAGGACGUCCUGCAGAAGCUGCCUGUGGGCACCACGGCCACACUCUACUUCCGGGACCUGGGGGCCCAGAUCAGCUGGGUGACGGUCUUCCUGACCGAGUAUGCAGGGCCCCUUUUCAUCUACCUGCUCUUCUACUUCCGGGUGCCCUUCAUCUACGGCCACAAGUAUGACUUCACGUCCAGCCGGCACACGGUGGUGCACCUUGCCUGCAUCUGCCACUCAUUCCACUACAUCAAGCGUCUGCUGGAGACGCUCUUCGUGCACCGCUUCUCCCACGGCACCAUGCCCCUGCGCAACAUCUUCAAGAACUGCACCUACUACUGGGGCUUCGCCGCUUGGAUGGCCUAUUACAUUAACCACCCUCUCUACACCCCCCCCACCUAUGGAGCUCAGCAGGUGAAACUGGCCCUCGCCAUCUUCGUGAUCUGCCAGCUUGGCAACUUUUCCAUCCACAUGGCCCUGCGGGACCUGCGGCCAGCUGGGUCCAAGACCAGGAAGAUCCCAUACCCCACCAAGAACCCCUUCACCUGGCUCUUCCUGCUGGUGUCCUGCCCCAACUAUACGUACGAGGUGGGAUCCUGGAUUGGCUUUGCCAUCAUGACACAGUGUCUCCCAGUGGCCCUCUUCUCCCUGGUGGGCUUCACUCAGAUGACCAUCUGGGCCAAGGGCAAGCACCGCAGCUACCUGAAGGAGUUCCGGGACUACCCGCCUCUGCGCAUGCCCAUCAUCCCCUUCCUGCUCUAAGCCGCCGCCGGCUCCCAGGCUCCACCAAGCCAGGCUCUUCCUCUGUCCCAGCCGCAUUCCAGGGGAGGAGGGGUGGCCACCACUGUCCGGCGCUUGGAAUAAAACCUGCCUGCCCCUGCCAGA